AUGAUCGAGCCAUCGGGGUUGGCUUCAGGGCGAGUCACAGGCCGAUUGCUUCUAACUUUCCUAGAACUUUCGGAAUCUCUCCUCCUACAUCAGGUUGGGACGGUCGGUCAGGGCUUGCUGCCCAGCCACCUCAGCCAUGGUGAGGCAUGGGGCAACUUUGGCACCGUCAUGCUCUUUAUCCUGCGGAUCGUGCAGGGCUUGUGCACCGGUGGAGAGAUAAGCACCGUGUCCACAUACAUCAUCGAGGUGGGUUCCAGACAGACCCUUGCCCGGAGCAUGUCACUCAUCUCGGUAUCCAUCUAUGUGGGACUAUUUCUGGCACAAGGAGUAGUGUGGCUGGUGCAGGACCAGCUCACCCCUGAAGCCAUGCGGCUGUGGGGCUGGCGGCUGCCUUUUCUCAUUUCCAUUGUGCCAGGAGCCCUCACCAUAGCAGGACGACGGUGCCUAGACGAGUCGGCGGAGUUUGAGAGGGAGCGGAAGGUGGCUGUUGAGGAAGGCCACGCCUCCGCCGGCUAUGCGGUCAGAGAUGUGCUGCGCAGAGGCUACACGAUCAUGAUCGCCAUCGGCGGGAUGGUGUCUUUUGCCGUGUUUUCAUACAGCGGCCUGGUGUGGACCAACACAUUCUUGGCUAAAGAAGGACAUCCAAGAGAUCAGCGCAUGAUGGCGGGCCUGGCAGCCCGCCUCAUCCAGAUGGUGCUGGCAGUGCCUGUUGGCUGGCUUGCGGACAUUUGGGGUGUCGGCUCCGUGACUUUCCUGUCCGGGGCGGUGCAGUUUGUUGCAGCCUUUCCGCUGUUUGCGUGGCUGCAGGCUAACUCGACAAGCUCCACGGUUAUGUAUGCUGCCUAUGCUGCCGGCUUCGGCACUAUUGGCGCGCUUGGGGGCUCGACUUUCAACAUGUACGUGGCGGAGCUAUUUCCGACCCGCACACGCAAUCUUGGAGUUGGAGUAAGCUACAACAUCGGCAUCAGUGUUGUCGGCGGCUUCGGUCCUGUGCUCUGCAGCACUCUCCUAACAUGGUCGAGAUAUGGACCCGGAGGCCUCAUGUCAUUGGCCGGCAUCAUCACGUGCGUGACUAUCCCGCUAGGAGUGCGCCUACACCAAGCUGGGCUCAUUCGUAUGGCACACGUGCGUGUGAACCCAUACUGGGCACUUUGUGAAGACCUACGAGAAGAUGAGAAGACUGAAGAGCAGUCCUCAUUGGAAUCGUCAGGUUUGGCACAGUUUGGAUAUAACAUAGCACCGGGGAUCGGAAGGAGGCCGAGCAGGUACCUGGCCGCCGCCGCUGCCGUUCUGGCAGUCCGACGAGGCUUGGAGAUGACAGCACGGGGACUGCGGGUGCUGGGCGCCACACCCUGGCUCGAGGUGGUGGCGCCGGCCGGGAGAGCCUUGGCCCAGCUCCAGGUGGAGCUGCCCAGGAAUGGCCGUGCAGAUGGGUACACUCCAGAGCACGUACAGCUCUUUGUGGCACAAGAAGGCGAGCCACUGGGGGAGGCGCCCAUCUUCGAGUCUGAGCAGUUCUGGUCCUUGGCUUUCCAAGGGGAGAUGGUAGCCGUCCCUCCAAAGCCACUGCCGAACAGGAUCUGCCGGGCUCGCCUCUGCAUGAAGCGCGCAGCAGCACAGGGUGGCCCCAAUGUGCGCAUCCAGAGUAUCCGCGUGCUGACCCGGAGGCUGAAGCGAAGUCGUGAUGACGGCGUGUUCCUGGGAAGGAGGCUGUGGCACGACUCGGACUUCACGGACUGCGUGCUGCGCUCCGAAGAUGGCCUGGAGCAAAAGGUGCACAAGGCCAUUCUUGCGAAUGCUUCGCCCGUCCUGAGUCGAAUGCUACGAUCCGCGACCAAGGAAGGCGAGAUUACACUUCCGUGCAGUGGCGAGGUGGUGCGGGCUCUACUGAAGCACUGCUACGGUCUGUUCCCUGACAUCCGCGCCCUGAAAGUGGAGGAUGUGGUAUCCUUAGUGGAACAAGCCCACGCCUUGGAGCUCACUUCGUUGUCGGAGGAUGCUGCAGUUGCGGCCACGCAGUGCCUGACCCCAGAGACUGUCGUCCCCUUGAUGCGAGGCCUGCGUGCAUUCUACAAGGCUGGAUCCCUGGUCGAAGAGUGGGACAACCUGGUGCGGCAGGUCCGGGCGAGACAGGACCUCUCGCAUGCAGCCCUGCUUGGACUCUGA